UUUGUGUGCUUUUCACGGCUAAUUUCUUUUAAGUGGCUCAACAAUCUGAAAUUCUCUCAAGUCUCGUUGCUGACGAGACUACGUUUUUCAAGACGCAUCCAAGAUGGCGCUGGAAAUCGAGUCUGCCGAUAUAAUCCGUCUGAUCAUGCAGUAUCUAAAGGAGAACAGUUUACACCGUACGCUGUCCGUACUACAAGAGGAGACCUCGGUGUCGCUCAACACCGUGGACUCCAUUGACAGCUUCGUGUCAGACAUCAACAACGGACACUGGGACACCGUCCUGCAGGCCAUCCAGUCUCUCAAACUACCCGAUAAAACUCUCAUAGAUCUGUAUGAACAGGUCGUGCUGGAGCUGAUAGAACUGCGAGAGUUGGGCGCGGCCCGUUCGCUGCUCCGCCAGACGGACCCGAUGAUCAUGAUGAAGCAGCAGCAGGCCGAGCGAUACGUCCACCUGGAGAACCUACUCGCUCGCUCGUACUUCGAUCCCAGAGAGGCUUAUCCUGACGGUCAGACCAAGGAGCGGCGGAGAGCGGCGAUCGCUCAGGCGCUAGCGGGCGAGGUGAGCGUGGUCCCGCCGUCCCGUCUCCUGGCUCUGAUUGGCCAGGCCCUGAAAUGGCAGCAGCACCAGGGACUCCUCCCCCCAGGUACCACCAUCGAUGUGUUCCGAGGUAAGGCAGCUCAGAAGGAAGAGGAAGAGGAGAAAUAUCCCACACAAGUCACCAAGAACAUCAAGUUUGGCCAGAAGUCCCAUGUAGAGUGUGCCAGGUUCUCCCCAGACGGACAGUACCUCAUCACAGGCAGUGUGGACGGGUUCAUCGAGGUCUGGAACUUCACAACUGGCAAGAUCAGGAAAGAUCUCAAGUACCAGGCUCAGGAUAACUUCAUGAUGAUGGAUGAUGCUGUGCUGUGCCUGUGUUUCAGCCGUGACAGUGAGAUGUUGGCUUCGGGAGGUCAGGAUGGAAAAAUCAAGGUGUGGAAGAUCCAGACUGGCCAGUGUCUGCGCAGGUACGAGCGCGCCCACAGCAAAGGUGUGACCUGUGUCAGCUUCUCCAAGGACAGCAGUCAGCUACUCAGCGCUUCAUUCGACCAGACUAUCAGAAUCCACGGGUUGAAGUCUGGGAAGACUCUAAAGGAGUUCAGAGGUCACACGUCAUUUGUAAAUGAGGCCGUGUUCACCCCCGACGGACAUAACCUGAUCAGCGCAUCGUCAGACGGCACAGUUAAGCUGUGGAACAUCAAGACAACAGAGUGCAUUGGCACCUUCAAGUCACUAGGGGGCACUGCAGGCGCAGACAUCACAGUGAACAGUGUCCACACCUUACCUAAGAACCAGGAGCACUUCGUCGUGUGUAACCGCUCCAACACAGUCUCCAUCAUGAACAUGCAGGGACAGAUUGUGCGUAGCUUCACGUCCGGUAAGAGGGAAGGCGGAGACUUUGUGUGCUGUACGGUGUCGCCGCGGGGAGAGUGGAUCUACACGGUCGGCGAGGACAUGGUGCUGUACUGCUUCAGCACAACCACGGGGAAACUGGAGUUCACGCUCACGGUCCAUGAGAAGGAUGUGAUUGGCAUCUGUCACCACCCCCACCAGAACCUGAUUGGCACAUACAGCGAGGACGGACUGCUCAAACUGUGGAAACCUUAAACACACAGUCAUAGACUAUACACUACUGUCCAGGCCAGGGAAGCAGAGUGGUUUCCUAAACACUUGUACAUGGAAUGGCAAAGCAACAUGUACACUACUGUUCAGUCAACAACAGUAACGCAAGUUUUGUGCAUAUCAGAGUUCCUUUUGCACAAGUUAAGAAGACUGUCUCGCCAACUUUUCAGUAGUCUUUCUGGCACCUAAAUGGACUAUCAACUGGUGCGACAAGAACUCUGAUAUUUUAUCAACCUAAAUAUUUGUACAUGUGGUGGCACUGGUGGGAAAAUCUCAACUGUUCUAAUGUUGUAGAACCAAAUACAUGUAACUAGGUUUAGAUACCACUACUACAUGGUAACAGCUUUACAAUUUUAAUUGUACGAUCCUCAAAGUAGAGCAGUAAAGUGAAGAUAUGUUCAGCAACCCAAAUCAUUGAAGACUACAUUCAUUUUCAACAAGAAAGUCUAGCACAAGAGGCUUGUGUCUAGUAUGUAAAUCUUUGUGGUAUACUUAGAACAGACUUUUAUAAUGACAUUGUGUAUUCUUUGGGAUUGUCCUUUCGAUAAAAAAUGGACCAACUGUGUUUGUUACACUUUCAUUUUAAAUGACUUAUUUGGGAAUUUGUUUCAUCAACUUAUCACUGAUAGUAAUACAAAUAGAUUAAAGUUGGUAUAGUCACUGA